AUGGGCGCCGCGCCAGCACCAGAAACCGACGCGGAAACGGCACGGAGAUCCGAUUCCGUCGCCGCCUGUUCCAUCCCGGAGGAGAACACACUCCUCUCCCACUCCCGCUGCUGCUUCACCUUGCCUUGCUUCCCCUCCCGCCGCCGAUCCAGUUCCUUCUCUUCCUCCUCCUCUUCCCCUGCCUCUCCCUCGUCUUCCCCCUGGUGGGAGAAUUCCUGGCUGGCCGGCGGGAUCCAGGCCGUCAAGAAGGUCAGGGAGUGGUCCGAGAUCGUCGCCGGUCCCAAGUGGAAGACCUUCAUCCGCAGGUUCAAUCGAAAGGGCGCGAUUGGCAACAGUAACAAUAACCGACACGGGAAGUUUCAGUACGAUCCCCUGAGUUACGCCUUGAACUUCGACGAGGGCCAGCACAUGGAUUUCGAGGACUACGACGAUUACGGCAACCCCGUCGGUGGUGGUGGAUUUCGUGAUUUCUCUUCGCGCUACGCUUCGGUUUCCGUCUCCGGCAAGCCGCUGAACAUGGACGCGCGCGUUAUCGAUGAAUCGUCGGCCGCCGUCGUGUGA